AUGCUAGGUCAUCUUCGAUUCCACAGGCGCGGCCCCUCUAAUCCUUCUUCUCCAGUCCCGGAUCAAUUAUCGCCGUUCGACCACGGUGAACAUCCUCAGAGCGUGCAGGACAUCUCGUCACGCCCCGACUUUUUACCAAGGCCCACCAAUGCCUCAAAUACUCCACCCGUUCAUCCCUCAAGCAGCCGUCCAGAGCAGGAAUCUGCGCCCGGCCAGAAGCCGCCAGAACAGCACGUCCGAUCUCCUCUCAACAGCAUCGACUCUGGCUUCAUAGGCGGCCUUGCCCUCCAGAACUACCGCCGUGCUUUCGAGUCCUCACGCCCAGAAUCGUCUGAAGCUGCUGCUGCCACACAGGGCUCGUCUGCUCAAGAGGGGAUACGGACCAAACCUGUCCCUCCACCUAUAAAUACCAACCUGCCCUCGACACGACCGCCGCCCAUGCCGAUCAAGGAAGUCCGAACGAAUACUUUGUCCUCCUCCUCCUUCGUUGCCCCGACAGAUCUACAGAGCAAUGUUGGCGCUACAGGGAAGAGACCGGCUGGGACGAGGCUCACCUCGGAGCCACCCAUGCUGGCGAGGUCCCAAACAGCUGCAGAAACACAGCGGGCCAAGAAGGGGCUGCCAUUCCUGAAGAAUCCCAUGUCUGGACUGCUGAUGCGUCGCAAGGCCUCCCAGAAUGCGCCCGACCUACGUCCUCUUCCUCUGCCGCAGAAAUCUACCGAGUCGACUUACGAUCCCCGGAUCAGAGGUACGCGUGUGCACGACUUCAGCGCGCCCAGGCAACGGGUGAUUCCUACGAGGAAACCAACUGUCCCGGGCGCUGAGGUCUGGACUGGCUGGGACAAGUACCACAAUGGACCACAAUCUAACGCCUCCGACCUACCUCUGCGGAUGGAAACUAGCAAGAGCAGUAGUGCUGCAUCGGAAGCCACACAAGCCGCAACGUCAGAUGGUGACGACACAACGCAGCCUGACGACCGUGCCGAGGCGCCUUCACAGGUGUCGGCACAAGCGGGCAAAAUGAUAUCUCUCGAGGACAAACCUCUGCCGGCGAAGCCCUCAGGACCGAAUCAUGUGGCUGAGACGACAACCCGUUCCGUGUCUACCACAUCGAGGCCAGUGUCCGUGGCCUCGUCCAUGCAGAGAACCAAUCCCUCGACCCGGACAAAUCGAUCCCGUCAUAUUUCCCUGUCGGAAGACACCUUGUCGGCGCUACCUAAGCACAUGAAGAGUACAUCCUCGCGCUUCAGCUUCGACAUGAUUGGUGCAGCCAGGGCCGAGAAACUGCUAGAGGAGAGACAUCGGCAGAGGGAGUUGGAAAGGAAGGCCAACGGAGGCGCGCCUGGCAGAGACUCAGGAUUUGACGACUUCGACGAAGACACAUUUGACUAUGAUGCUGCUAUGGAUGACGGUGGUCUGGAAGAGGCGAUCCCGGGCGUGAAUGCCGACUACGAAGAUCAUUACUAUGAGGAGGACAUCCCCAUGGUUGGUGACGACGACAUUAUAGACGACGAGGACGAUCCUGACAACGACCAGGAAAACUUCGCUGGCUUCGUGUUCUCAAGAUCCAAUCCACAGUCCUCUCUGGUCAGCCCAGCGACCCCAGGGAUGGUCAUCACGCCAAGGGACGCAAGCGGGAGGCCCAUAGGGCACGCAAUCACCACCGACAGAACGCCAGGCUUGCUGUCUGUGCCAUCACCGCUGCCGGUCGAGGAUGUGACCAAAGACAGGCACGAGGGGUUAGAGGAUGUGCAGGUCGCAGGUCUCGGUAUACAGGGCCUUCAAGCUCCACAAAAGACGCAGUACGAUCCUACAGUCUUUCAAGAAAGACGGAACAUGCCUAUCGACGACGCUUCAGAAUCAGCAAACACGCAAGACAAAGGGAUCUACUACGAUGCUGGACUAUUAGAAGAAUUGCAGAUGGAGGCAGACGAGAUUCAGAAGGCCGAUUUCGAUGAGUCCAUAUUCGACGACGACGACACAGACCACUUUGGUCGACCGAUCCCAGGUGCUUUUGCUCAGAACCUAGCCAUGAGAGAACAUGAGCAAAAGAAGAGAGAGUCUGACGUGACGUCUCGCUCAGAGACAUCAUCGACAACGGCGCAUACAUCUGUCAGCGUGGGCAUGCCGCCCGUGCAGCAGACGGACAAGGACGCAGAAGUCUCGAAGAAGCCAUCGUCGGUACCCACCUCUCCGCCUCAAGGCCAUGAAGACACAGCCGCUGCAUAUCAGAAGGCCCUGGCCGAUGCCGCACACAAAGCUGCUGCUGUUGGCUGGAAAUCGCGGUGGGAUGACGGGCCUGAAUCGUCCGCGCCAGUUGGUGACCCAGAUCCGAGCAGCGCUGGGUUGCAGGACGAUCAACCGUUCCAGGCCGACGACUAUGAGGACGACGGUUUCGGGGGCGGAUUUGAUGAUGAAUAUGACGACGAUCUCCUCGAUGAGGCGUUCAUAGCAGAGGCCAACGCCGAGGCCCUGGCCUAUGAUUCUGAAGGCUUCUACGGCGACGAAUUCGGCUUCUACUCAGCACCCAUCCCAGCUCGCAAUGGCUUCCAUGGGUACUCGGCUCCCGCUAGCGGGUCCUCCGUCGGGAACGAGAGUCAAUACGGAGGGUAUUUUGGACCGUCUGGCGCGAUCGGCCGCAGCGCUAGCGGCCGUGUGCUUCGCGAGCCAAAUCUCACGCCCAUCACUGAGCGUUCUGAGUACUCGAACCGCAACUCGAUGAUGUCCAUGGUCCUGCCCAGUGCGACCCUAUCAGACCUUCGCAAUUCGAUGGCAAGCCCUAAUUUUGCGCACAUGGUGCCGGGUGCUGAUGACAGCGAGACCUUCUCCCUCAGCGGCCUGCAACGCCUUCGCGGGAAGACUUUUGGCGGCAGCCAGAUCAGCCUGAGCUCGUCGCGCGACGGUAGCCCUCGAUCAGAGCGUGCGCCUCUGCACGAGCGGUUUGACGGGGCGUCGAGUCCCGCGCCAUGGGAGCUCGGCAGGCCGCAGUCGCAUCUGGGCUCGACUAGCGGUGCGCAGCCUCAUGAGAGGAAAAACUCAGCCUACUCGGUCUGGAGUAACUCGGAUGCUGCCAGUGCCGCAGGAAGUCCAACCCUUACCCCAUCCCCCGGACCGCAAUGUCCACCAGUCUUCGAGGAUGAGGCUGAGGAGGUGCCGAAUCCCGGGACGACGCUGGCAGACACUCCCGUCGACAGUGAGGCGGAGCCCAGCGCUGUCAUCCCCCUGACAGGCGAUAUUUCUGAAACUGUGGAUGGUGCCAGCUCGCUCGGCGCUGAUAUGGACAGCUCCACCCCCUCCGAGACAACCCAAACAGAGGAGGCACUGGAGAGCGAAGAUGACACUUCUGCCGCAGUUAUAAUGACACCAGAGAACGGCUCUCUUGAAGCGCAGGUCGCCUACGCGAACAAUGCAGCAUUCAAAGCCAACGCGGCGACCGUCUCGAUCAACAAAGAUAUCUCGGUCUGUUCCAUACCGCUGUCGCCGGCGUCGCUGGAUAGCCCUCGCACACCACCUCUGGACGCCCAUGGUUCGUCUCUCGGAAGAAUUGAAAAACAAACUUCGUCCGUGUCUCUGGAGGACGACCACCCCACUUUUCUGCGCGAUACUCAGAUCCCCCGCAGUAUUUUUGCUUUGGAGAAGGAGUAAGAAGUUGACAAGGCGGCUGCUCGUAAACAGCGCGCUUUCGUGGGCUGAAGAAAGAGGGCGCCUGAUCUCGUUGAACCUCAAUGUUUGACUGGACCGGCCGCGGUAUACGAACUCUGCCUAUGCCUAGCUGGAUCCAACGAAGUGGCAUAAUGAUGGCCACAACAAAGUGCUGUUGGAAUUUUCCUUGUCGAGAGUGCGACGAAUAUUAUAUAGACACAGGGCGGCAUUUAUCUUGGAACGAGGACGAUAUCCAAAAGUUAACAAGCAUUUAGUAGCUGACGCGCAAGGCGAAGCAUGAUACCAAAUCAUAUUAUAAUGGAGGGCAAAUGAUAGACUGCACCCGAUCAGAAAGCAAACACCAAUUUGUACUGUUUUCACCCUCUUUGAUGCAGCCCAGUCCAUUGAUUGAACUCCUACGCACUACAGACCAUCGAAGGCGUAUGUCUACACGGUCGCAGGAGGCUAUUGCGAAGAAGAGGGGCGUAGGACUAGACAGGAUAACGGUGCAUACACCCUCACGAUCGUUCCUCAGAAGCCCUCCCCCACCACCCAUGACAUAGCAGCAAACGUCUUCGCGAGCAGUACUCAGCGCUCUACGACUGCAUCACUUGCCC